AUGCUGAUGUACCUGGCUCAAAGCAACGCUGUGCCUAAGUGCAGCCUCAAGGAGCUUCUAGCAAGACUGUCGACUCUGUUGUGGCUGAGCACAUUCAAUAUUGAGAGCAGACUAGGUCACCUGUCGGCAGGGAUCCAGUCGGCCGCAGUGAAACAGGAUACUGGGAUUAUAUCCACCAAUGUUGGGGACAAUGUGACUUUACAUUGUUUCUACAAUACCCAAGUGGCAAUGCACUUCUCCUGGUAUCGACAAACCUUAGGAGGCAAACCUGAGCUCCUGUCUAAUUUUUACAAGUAUGAUAACCCAUCCAAAGUCUUCCCCUGGUUGGAGAAGAACCCUCGUUUCUCUGUGCAAAGGAAGGAAGGGAUGAAUCAUUUAAACAUCUCUGACGUCCAUUUAUCAGAUUCAGCCACAUACUUCUGUGGAAGCACUCACUCCAACACGGCAGAAUUUGGAGAGGGGAUCUUUCUAAGCGUCAAAGGAGCCAGCCUUGAAGAAAUAGUCCAGUGGCCAGUAUCUGAGACCAUCCAGCCAGGAGGAACUGUGACUUUCAAAUGUACCGCACACUCUGGGACCUGUGAUGGAGAACACAGUGUUUACUGGUUCCGACACGGAUCUGGCCAAGGUGUCCUUCACACACGCGGGGAUCAGUGUAAACAUGUCUCCACACCACCAGGAUCUCCUUCUCAGAGCUGCGUCUACCAUUGGCAGAAGAAGAACCUGAGCUCCUCAGAUGCUGGAACCUACUACUGUGCUGUGGCCUCCUGUGUGGAGGUGAUGUUUGGUAAUGGAAGCAAGCUGCUUGUCAAAGGUGAUGGUGAAGACCAAAGGGCACAGAUGAGAACCUUAGUCUGGCUCUCCAUCAUUAGAACUGCGAUUCUCGUGUUCUUUGUAACUUUUUGUCUCCUGGUUUAUAUCAGUAAAAGCUGUUGAAGUCUUAAAUGCAGAGAUUUACUCAGGAUAUAUCAUUCAGUUACGAUAUCAUAAAAAUAAAUAAAAAAUGAGACAGUAUUUUGUUGUUUAACUGUACUACAAUUUUCUCAAUA